CAAAAAGGUGUAGGCAGAACGCACGAACGUUUAUAUUCAUCCUUGGCAAAGGACGAACCUCAUACUUCUGGCAAAGGUAUCUUGGAUCAUGGCUGCUCCAAACAAGGACUUCUUGAAUCUGAAUUUACAAGGUUCGAUUCCUCGACUGCAAGAUUACAGUGUGUCUCCCACACUAGGCUUCAUGAGAGAGAAUCCCUUGCAUAAACUUCCAGAGUACUUUGACCCCUGGUGGAAGAUUGUCACAAGAAUCCCAGAGCUCGUCGAAGAUGGGACACUCCGAGAUGAAGUUACCAAGAUGCCAUUCCUGGAUUACCGGAAACUGGACGGAGAGCCCGAGUGGCGUCUUGGACAUGUUGUCCUGUCUGCUAUAACACAGACCUAUGUCUGGGUGGCUGGCGAAAAGCACAUUCCGCUGUCUCUUCCGAAGAACCUAGCAGUACCAUACUGGGAGAUCUCCAAACUUCUUGGUAUCACGCCAAGCUGCUGUCACUUCAAUUCAAUACUGGAAAAUUGGAUGCUUGUUGACCCGGAUGGUCUCAUGGUUGUAGAUAAUUUCAAGCCCAUUGUCAACUUUGUUGGUGGAGAUGAUCAGGUGUGGUUCUUUAUGGUGAAUGCUCAGACAGAGAUGGAUUGUGGUCCUGCAUUGUGCGGCAUCGUUGAAGCUCAGCAGGCAGUUAAAGGUCUAGAUGUAAACGCCUACAUAGCAGCCCUGGAAAAGGUCGAAAAAGCUGUCAGGAGAAUGAAAGUCUCUCUGAGUAGAAUGAGAGAAAGGUGUCGCCCAUGGGUAUUCUAUAAUGUCAUACGUCCUUAUUUUGCUGGGUGGGAUAGCCCUGCAUUUAAGGCUAAGGGUUGGAAAGGGCUGAUCUACGAAGGGGUCAGUCCAGACCCACUGUGUUACGGUGGCGGAAGUGCUGCUCAGAGUGUAACACUCCCCUCUCUUGAUGCAGGAUUAGGUAUCAUCCAUCAGCCAGAAGAAAAAAAUGCCUGCAACAAUUUUCAGAAGCAAAUGUUGCCACAGCACCGUGAGUUCGUCAAGGCAUUGGCUGAUGGGCCCUCCAUACGACACUUUGCAACUUUUUCCAAGAAUUCCAGAGCGCUCCGAGUCUACAAUGCUUGUCUCCAGGCAGUUACUGACUUCCGUUCCUAUCACAUUCAGAUAGUAACAGAAUAUGUCAUUAUUCCGUCACAUCAGAAGGACAUCAAUCAAAACUUUUCUCACCAGGCUGCAUUGGGAACUGGAGGAACAGGAUUUAUGACAUUUUUGAAAAAUAUGAGGAGCUCCAUCACAAAUGCUUUCUGCAGAAUUGAUGAGGGAACGGAGAUUAACUGACAAGUGUCUGCCCUUCUGGUCCCUGCUUUCUCCAAAGUGGGUGACCAACAAUACCAGAGGUAUCCAAUUUUAAGAAGUACUACAUCCAUCCUGGAGUUAUUUAAAAAAAAAAACUCAGAAUUUGGCUGUAAUUUUAAAAUGUAAUCCUCAGUACUUAUGAAGUUUUGUGUAACUGCCUAAUCGUGAUCACAUCAGGAUGUGCAUGGGUACUGUUUCUGGAAUGCAAGUGGGGGCGGAGGUGAUGCUUUUUCAUGGGGGGUGCACCCCCACGCCUCCCCCUAGGCACACAGCUGCAUAUUUGUACUCAAAGUGUGAUCCUUGCAAAUCAGUGGUACUUGAGAUUUGUGCUCAUCCAGGCGGACAUUUGCUAUUUGGUUUGGGGGCUUGAUGCAUAAACAUGUAGUGCAAGGGUAUACAAGUGUACAAGUUGGCCAGUCCAGUUUGAAUUCAGUUGCAUUAGUAUAAAACAAUAUGUGGACUGGUAAUGUGAUGUGAUCCAAUUUAUAACAAUUUCGACAAUUUUGUUUUUAAAAUUCUGCAUAAUUUGGUACUUUAUGCUCAAUUUCAAUCAGUACUUUGUGACCUUGUGUAAAUUAUCAUAUUCGUGUACAUUAAUAUAUUUAUCUGCCGUAGUAAUAUUUUGUAUGCAACCUUCUCUUCUCCUCAUUCUGUUGGAAUUUAACACAAUUUUGUGUUACUAAUAAUUUUAAAGUUCAUUGGGAAAUUUGUGGAUUGUAGUGAGUCUGAUUGAAAUUAUAUUGGCAAAAGCAUUCUAAAAGUUGGCGCUGACUUAUUUUCUUUACUGAGAAACACUAUAUCUUGUCCAUGACCGCACAGCAUCAGCAAUAAAUAUAUGGGCCUUUCGGUUCUAAUUUUCUGUUA